AGUCGACCUUGCAGUCAGUCUUGUGCAGCGUUUCGAAGCGAGCGGUUACCAUUCACCACUUCAGCAUCGCGGGAAAAUUUUCGAGUUCGUUUCGGCGCCUACUGCGGUCAGCACGUGCAUUCUGACAAACGGCCAAAAAGUUUCUCCACGUUACCUCCUCCUUAAGUGCUCGCGCGCGAUAAUUUAGUGCAAAUUUAUGAUGUUAAUUAAGGUGCGGUGCGCAAAACGUGGUUCAAAUUCGUUCUAGUGGGGGAAAAAAUUGUGUGGAAAAUCUCGUUAAAAGUAUCGCCCCAAAACAGCCAUAAAGUGUCGUGAUUGAGUGAAGGUCGCCGGCUAAAAAUUGCACACCUGGAUCCCAAAAGGACUAAACGAACUUGGUGAGGGAGGAAAAACAGUAUCAAACAGAGAUUUUUAUCGCCCUUUUAACGGUGUUUUUCGCGUCGCUCAUUCGCGAUAAUACAGUCGGAAGCCACAAGUUUAUUGAAAAAAAAAAAGGGAGAGAUUCUGCAACGGAACCUUCCUUCGGAAGCAUCAAUUAUUAACGUCCUCAUCCGCGGUGAGCGGAUUCUAGCGUAAAAUUAAGGAAGGGGAAUUUCCCAAGAAAACCCCAUCUUCAGGAUGUUGCGCUUUGGAUUACUCAAGUACAAGAAGCUGAACAACAGCGUCUCCGCGGCGGAACUGGAUGGUUUGGGUCGCGCCGGCGGUGACGAUAAUGGCAAUCAGUCGGGGACGGCCACGACGACACCUGUACGGCACCAGCAGCAGCAGCAGCAACACCCGCACCAGAUGAUCCACAAUCAGCUGAAUGGAAGCUUGAUGAAAAAUACAAACUCGCUUGCCAAGGACCAAUCGACCCGGAAGCCGACCACCAACAACACAGUUCCUACGCUGGACGCGUUCAGCGCUGCGGUCGUGCUCGAACGCCGAGGCAAAAAAGCAACCCAAUCGCCGGCCAAAAGCGCCUCCCCGGCCAGCAGUAAUUACAAACUUUUGGCCGGCCCCGCCGAGCAGCAGCGGUCCCCGGACAGCCCAGCCGUCCUCGCCAAAAAGCCCUCGUCCUCCACGAUGAACUGCAAGGCCCGCAUCUACAAGUGUAUCAAGCGGAUCCUGAAACGGAACAACUUUGCCGGUGGCAAAGAGCAAAAAGUUCAGCCGCCGCAGCAGCAGGUGCAAGAUAAAUCAAAAGUGGACUACCGAGAGAUUAAGAGCUUGCUGGAGAAGGAGAAACCGGCGCUGGAUUACGAUGUCAACCUGGCCAAGUGUGUGGACAAACCGGCGCUGAUCAAGAAAAUCGCCUUGAAUUUACUGAAAUCAGCGGAAGACGAUGGCCGCGCAGCGCUAGUGGCCGAGCGUCUCUCGGAGACGCCCUCGGUUCAGAGCGAUCUGGAGCGGGAAGCCGAGUACGAGCGGUUGUGCGGCGAGUCGUGGUACCACGAGAACCUUCCCCGGGACAUGUCGCUGGACCUGCUGGCCGGCAAGUGUCCCGGCGCGUUCGUCGUACGGCGCAGCACCACCCAGCAGGACUGUUUCGCCCUGUCCCUGCGCGUACCUCCGCCCGGACCCAAGAUCGCCCAUUACCUCAUCGUCCGAACCGCCACCGAGGGCUACCAGAUCAAGGGCUUCCCCAAGGAGUUCGGAUCGCUGCGCGCCCUCAUCGUGCACCACUCGGUCAUGCCGGAGGCGCUUCCGGUCCCGCUGGCCGUGCCGCGACCCGCCAACCUGGCUGUGAAAUCCAAAUGCGACGACGAUUACGACACCGUCUUCGAACUGGCGGAAACGGCACUCGCCUAAUGUUCGCCCAAGAACCCGCGUGUUUUGUUGCAUGCUCAAAGAUACCACCUAAUAUAUGAAUGAUUACAUGUUACGAGAAACUUUUACCAAAACCUUAUUGUUACCUAGAUAUCGGCACGUAGGCUAUUAUUAACUAUACAUAGGAGAAAAUAUAAAUUAUUUAACAUGAAAAUUUAUCACAAAAUCAA